AUGCUCCGCAGAUGCUUCCAUAGCUCUGUGGCGAAAAAAAACGGUGUGAAAACAUGGUCGGAUUUUUCAAAAAGACCAGCAGCACUUUCAAUCGCCAGCUCGAAAGUAAAAGCAUAUAUAUUGGAGGGAAGCUUGGAACAGGGCCCUCCAUCAAUCAAAAGGAGAAGCAAUCGGACGAAAUACAGCUCACCAGAUAAUAUAGACGAAACUUUCAAGACCUGCUAUGAGUUUCUAGAGUCCAGAGCUGCUUCAAAAUAUGCUGCUCUAGAGCAGGAAACAGACGCCGUCAAGCGUUCGAAAUUGGCCGUAGAAGCUGAACAGUACAAUCCAGAAGUGCUUUACAAUUUCCAGUACAAUGACAAACUAGAAAAUAACCCUAGCUCGAUCGAUUACAGCGUGCCCGUGUAUAGACAUCUGGGUCGCGAGCAUUGGGAAUCAUACGGCCAAAUGCUGCUAAUGCAAAGAUUGGAAACGCUUGCAGUGAUUCCCGACACACUGCCAACUCUGGUACCAAAAGCGGAGGUAAGCCUGAGAUUUCCAUUUUCAACAGGUGUGAACAAAUGGGUGGAACCAGGUGAGGUUUUGUCCUCCAAUGCUACGAGCUUGCCUCCACAGAUCAAAAUCCAGGAAUACGAUGAUCUAGACUUGACCAACCAGCUGUACACGGUGCUGGUGGUCAACCCUGACGAGCCGGACAUGAAAAACAACUCUUUCAAAACCACUCUUCAGUACGGUUUGGUGAACCUCAAGUUGGGCUACAACAACAACGUUGUUGAUGCACGCAUGUUCACCAAAGACAACGUUCUUGCGGCCUACCUGCCACCUGUUCCUGAAAAAAAUGCCGGGACGCAGAGAUUUGCCGUAUGGGUAUUUAGACAGCAAGGAUCUACUCAGGUACCUUUGGACAAUAGUUUGAACAGGGACAACUUCGACAUACGCCAAUUUGUGCACAACCACAAACUACAAGCCGUUGGUGCACAUCUGUGGAGGAGUGAAUGGGACAACAAUGUAAGCAACGUAAGGACCAAGUACGGUAUGCCAGAGGGUCGGGUUUUCCACCGCGUGAGGAGAGCUUAG